GAGAGCCAAACAGAGCCCAUAUACUGUUUCACUGCCACUGCAUAAAACCCUAAUAAUAAAAUUUCUUCAUUUUCCACUCCGUGCCCAAACGCAGCUUCGCUUAAAAUCAUAGCUUAGCGGCGUCAAGGAGAGGAGAAACCUGGUAGUUACAGGCAACCAUGUCAGACAAGGCUGUGACUAUUAGAACAAGAAAGUUCAUGACAAACAGGCUUCUUUCAAGGAAGCAGUUUAUCAUUGAUGUUUUGCAUCCUGGGAGAGCUAAUGUUUCUAAGGCUGAAUUGAAGGAGAAACUGGCAAGUUUAUAUGAAGUGAAAGACCCGAAUUCGAUUUUUGUGUUCAAGUUCCGUACUCAUUUUGGAGGUGGGAAAUCAACUGGGUUUGGGCUGAUUUAUGACUCUGUGGAGAGCGCCAAGAAAUAUGAACCAAAGUACAGGCUAAUCAGGAAUGGACUUGCCACCAAGGUGGAAAAAUCAAGGAAGCAGCUAAAGGAAAGGAAGAACAGGGCAAAGAAAGUUCGAGGUGUAAAGAAGACCAAGGCUGGAGAUGCUGCAAAGAAGAAGUGAGAUCUAAGUGAGUUAGCUACCUGUCACAGUAAUACGACUGGAAACCUGAAUGUUUCUUCCUCGGAUCUUAUCUAUCUAUCCUCCAAUGAAGUUUUGUUAAGAUUUUGUUUUGAGAUGCUUUUAGUUAUGUUUGCCAGCUGACUGAACAUGUGCCUGUAGAGGUUUUUAAUAUUUGAGGAAUCAUUUGUUGAAGUAAUUGUGACAAUUUUGCACUGUGGUGUCUGCUUUGUUGUGAUUCUGAUGCUACUGAUUCAAUUUGUUCUUGCUGGAUUCUUUAA